UGAAAGAUUCUGUUGUGACAGUCAGUCUGUCUGGAGUUGAAUGCACCCUAAAGAGUAUUUUGUCGCCCGAGAAUACUUGGGGCAGCAAUUAUCAAUAUUAAGCAAAAGAAAGCCUUGACGACAGUCUAAUCAAAGACCUGCCAAUGGAGGGUCCAGGUCCAUCUCCUGAAGCAGUAGAUGUCAGCAUUUCAGCUGAUGGAGGAACCCAAGUGUCUGCACCAGUGUUGUCGCAUCUUCAUGUUCGUGGGAAUGUUAACAUUUCAACAAAUAUUUCAGGUGUUCAACAACCAGCACAGGACUGUGAUCAACAGUCAAAAAUCACUGAAUAUAAAACAUCUAUCCUCACCUCCUGUGAGACUGUAAAAGAGUACAACUCCCUCCCUGGUCAGGAUGUGCUUUUGGCAGACCGGUACACUGAACUCCUGAUCAUUCAGAGACCCAGGGUUCCGAAGGAGAGAGAGGAGGAGCUCCGUUCCAGAGGUGACACCCUCCAGCAGGUCUUCAAGACCAGGGCCAGUGAGACACACAGCCGCAUUCAUCUCGACCAGCUGUUCAAGCCCAGUGGCCGUGGAUCGGUGCCGAGAGCGGUCAUUCUCCAGGGUCAUUCCGGACACGGCAAGUCCUUAACUGCCCAAAAAAUCAUGCAUGACUGGGCAUCUGAACUCCUGUUCAAAGAUUUUAUUCUUGUCUUUCAUCUUAACUGCAAAGAACUUAAUCUCCUCUCUGGAGAGCACAGUGUGGUAGACCUCCUGAGGUGUGAUCAGGAAUUUACUCCAGUGAUUUUAAGGAUACUGCGAGACUCCCCUGGAAAGGUGCUCUUUGUUAUAGAUGGCUUUGAUGAGCUGAGGUUCUCAUUGAAUGAAAUUACCUCAGUACUUCCUAGUGAUCCAUCUGUGCCUGCUCCAAUUGAGGCCACACUGACAGCUCUGCUGAAGGGGAAUGUUUUGAGGCAGGGCCUUCUUCUUGUCACCACCAGGUCCACUGUUUCCGACAAACUAAGUGAGGUGCUCAAAACUCCACACCGCUUCACAGAGAUCCUGGGCUUCUCUGAGGAUGGCGUGAAGGAGUACUUUCAGAGGUUCUUUGAUGAUACAGUGCUCUCUGCCAAAGCUUAUGAACAUGUACAGGCAAAUGAAACACUCAUCACUUCUUGUUUUAUCCCCGUUAUCUGCUGGAUUGUGUGUACUGUUUUCAGAGAGCAUUUUCAAGAAUCGGUAGAUGCACAGGGAGACUUUGAGACAACAAGCUCCAUAUUUGUUUACUUCAUCAACACUCUGAUGAAGGAUCACUGUGAAAGUUCGAGCCGCCCUGACCUCACAUCCCUGCGAAGCCUUGGCCAGCUGGCAGAUAAAGGAAUGCAAGACCAUCAGGUCCUGUUUGAUGAGAGGAAAAUGUCUGAGCUGUUGACGGAUUUCAAUGUGCAUAACCCUUUCCUGUGCAAAUUCCUGAUGAAGAGGAAGGUCUACCGUGAAACCAUGUACAGUUUUAUGCACAUGAGCUUCCAGGAGUUCUUUGCUGCUCUUCACUUCUUCCUGAUAGAAGAUGAGGAGGAGGCUUGUCGGAAAUUACAGAUAUUACUUAAAUCAACAGCAGAUAAAGUGAAUAGUUUUAGACUAAUCGAAGAAAAUUGGAGAGAUCGUGUUGUUCAGUUUCUUUUCGGGCUGUCAAGUAGUGAUGUUUUUGCAUUUGUGAAAAGUGCCUCUUGGGCAGCAAUACAAGCCCAGUUGAAAGAGUGGCUUAUGAAUGUAAUACACAUUGAGAAAUAUGGCAGACGCAACUCUAGGGAUCCUAGAGCAAUGUUGUUUAUUCUGCACUGCCUCUAUGAGAUCCAUGAGAAGGACUUUGUCAUGCAUGUUAUUGAAAGCCUGGAAAUGAUUUCUUUUAGCACUCAUGAUCUGCAAAGGACAGAUUACUGGGUGCUGCUGUACUGCCUACAGUGCUGUCAGAGUGUCAGAUACAUGCACCUGGACAGCCUAACAGCAGAGAACCUGAGAAUGCUGGGGCCUGGACUGUGCAAAUGUAAAGAGCUGGGGCUUAAAGUCAACCUAUCAGAUGCUUAUGUGGAUGAUCUGAUCUCAGCCCUGGGGGAAAAGAAAAUUAUCCAUGAACUGAGAAUAGAAAGCAGUCUGUCAGCUGAGAGUGUGGAGCAUAUCCUCAGGGCUCUACACAAGCAGAAAAGUGUGGGUUGGAUUUGUCUAUGUGGUGUGAAGGCUGUUUCUCUCAACAUUGCAGCCAUGUCUGUACAUCUCAUCCAGACCACAGGUCAAUUAAAGAGUAACUAUCUGUGGAUUGGGGAAGAUUACAAGACACCCAGACAAAAAGACAGCUUCUGUCUGUUUGUGUCUGUGAGUAAAAAUGUCAAAAACCUCAGCUUGACUCUAGGUUGGCGUCCAGCUACGGAUAACUCAGACCUCUCUCUUGUUUUGACACUUAUCCUGCCGAACAUGGACAUCAUCAACCUCAAAGAAUAUCUUCAAAAAUGCCAUGAUCUACAUGAAAAUCCUCCUGCAAAUGAUGAGCGUGUGGAUGUCCCGCAUUCUUCCCUACCCUCUGAUCUGAAGCACCAGAUUCUGAAGCAGAGAGUGAGAUGCUUGACUCUGGGUCAGACUCUUGGGAGACUCUCUCUUCAAACUUUUCUCAAUUUAAAGAAUGUAACGAUCAGUGAGUUGAAACUGGGGAUUGAGUGCUCAGCUCUCUCUUUUGAAAGAGCCAACAGUCGCAGGAUGGACUCCAUAAUUAGUUUUGGUCCAAAAGCAUCUGACUCAUAUGUCUCAAUUCGGCUGUCAGCCUCUUCAGACAUGACCACGUGUGACUUCACUGACUUCAUCCUGACAUUUGACGCAUAUGUGAUGGGACGUUCAGGGAUGAACCAUGCUGAUGGAGAUGUGGAUGCUCCACUCUCUUUCCUUUGCUCUGUGCCUGGUCUGAAGAGGGUGGAGGUGGAGGUGAACUCCAUGACUCUGAGCUUGGCUGCUAGGAGCCUCUGCCUCAUCCAAACCCAUCCUAGUGUUGAGGAAAUUAAAAUUGUUCGAUUUCUACCUUCCACUUUCACUAAAGAGAAAAGUUACCACUGCUCAUCUCUGUGUUUUACUAAGGAUUCCAGCACCCAGAGUCUGGGCAUUGGAAUUGCCACGGAAAAGCAUGAUGCCCCAGUCCAGCAUAUGUCACUCUUCUUGUCACGGUCCUCAGUGAAGAGCUUUGAUCUUAAGGACUUUCUCUUAAAAUUCCAUUCUUUGGAACAUUUGGAUGAACCAAGUCCACAGCUUGAUGGGCAUGAUGAUGCCCUGAUGUCCCUGCACUCUCUGCCUGGUCUGAGGGAGAUGAAGCUGGAGGUGGGCAGCCUGACUGUCCGCUGGGCAAAGAGAAUCCUCUCCCUCAUUCACUCCUGUACCACUCUUCAGAGACUACAUGUCUAUGCUACUGGUUUGCGGUGGACUCGCAGUGGGUUUAUCCUGGCAGGUAGCUUCUUGACAAAGGAAAGUAUCCGUCUACUUCAGAUGGCACCGAAGCGGCCAGACUGCACUCUGAUACUUCAUGGGACGUGGUGCCACAACGCCACCUGGCAGUGCAGAACAGCCAAGUACAGGCACCGGAAAUGCAACCAGAUGGUGGAGAUUUCAAUAAAAGAGAAUUCUUCCCGGAUGAAGACAUUUAAGAGGUCUUGGAAGGGGAUGACUAUGCAGAUAAACGUGAGGAGACGGAGAAAGAGAGCAGGGAGGCGUGAUGGACAGAGUGAAGAACACAACUGUUCAGAUGAAGAGGGUGAGGAGGACAAGUGAGUGAGACAGUUGCUGAUUAUGGAGGGCAGUGUGCAGGGCAGUGUGGUAAACACUGGAUGAUGAUUACAGAUCUGGAGGAAGUGUCGACUGCGCAUCAAUGGAGAAGCCGUUGCACUGCCAAGCACGAGCCUAAUUAUAACUGCAUUUUGUUGUCUUUGUAUUUAUACUCUGCACAAUGACAAUACAGUUGAAUAUAAUCUAAAAAAAAGAAAAAGUGUACCUAUGUUAUUCAGUGCUCAUAGAGUGUAAGCGCUUUAUAGGAGAUUCUGCACUACAAGAACAAGUCACUCCAACAGAAGGAUCAAGAUCUCUGUAUGUGGCCACUUAUCAUGAAGGCAUCAUGAUACCAUUGAGGAAUUUACUGUAACUCUGUUGGUUCCUCCAGAAGUUUUCAAAUGUACAGUUUAAUUUUCCUGUACUGUACAGUACCCUCAAUUAUGAAAAGAAUUGUACUUGUAAUACAUAAGUUUGAUUGUUAGAUAAUUAUGCACAAAGUAAUGGCAAUUACUAAUUAUUAUCUUUGCACUAGAAAAAAGUAGCUAAAUUUGAUUGGCCUGAGGGGAUGCAGUCAGUACUGGACUUGACCUGAAGACCAAUGAUACCGUAUGACCACAGAUUUUAGAAGGAAUUAAUUUCGCCCAUCGCCUGUUGUUGGUUGCUUUCAUCGGAGGAAAUGACAAUGAAUUUAUUAAACAGUAUAAAUAUCUUGGAAGGGUCAUUGAGUUUGUACAAGUUUGUACUUCAUGGGGAAAUUAUAUGUUUAAUCUCAAAAUAUGUCCUUCCCCCUCUAACCAAUAAAUGUAAUUCCACAGUAAGUUUAGAGAUUCAGUUGUUGACUUUUGUACAGUCUUUGUAAUUUGUGACAGGAAAGAUUUCUGUGUUUUAUUUGAGUUGUUUUUGUUGUCUCUUAUUGUGCCCACUUGAUCCAAAUAAAAUGAUUGAACUGAACCAUUAAAUCCCUUUAAAAAAGCA